AUGAAAAAACUGAAUGAAUAUUUGCUCACCCCCAGAAAUAUUCUCCACACGGUUGUGAUGUUCUAUGCUUAUGAAGACAUUGGAGGCCUUCACCCAGAUGAUCCAGUACGACAUAAUCGUCUCCAACAAACUCAGUUGACUUCCCCUGAGGUGAGAAAAGCUACAAGCUAUGGAUGUAAAGAAGAUGUUCCUAUCAUAAAAACUCAAGACAACAAUUCUGAUGGUCCUUCAACAGACCGUGAUAUGCAAAAAAUUGAACCAAACCAAGACAAAGUAGUUUCACCAGGAUUUGUACAUCCAACAUUUUGGCCAAAAGAAUUGAAGUCUUCUUUUGGUGUUAAACAUAUUGGUAUUCAAAAUCUGGGAUUCGAAGAAGAUUCUUCUGGGUCAAUUACUUUUGGUCCACCCUCACCAGAAGACAGUCCCCGACUGACAGCAGAAGAGGUGUACUCAAGGGUGGAUAUCAAGAAGAAGAACCGCAUGAGGAAUGAAAGUGCCGCAGCAAUUGCUGUGAUGAAAAAUAAUGCACUACCACAGCGCCUACCACGCUACUCCAAUGACACAGACUGUCUCAUCCAUAACGAGUCUGAAGUAGUGUAUGACGAGCGGACUGCAUUGUAG